GCAUCUAAAACGGCGUCGUAUAUAUUAGGGCUUUUACAUCAUAAAGCCAAAAAAACCUAAAUUCUCACUCCUCCAUUGUUGUGCGCCUGCCUCCACUACCCAGAGUUUGAGAGAGAGCAGCCGCUUCGGUGCAUCACCCAUCUGCAAAAAAAAAGAUGUCUUUGGUGGCGAAUGAAGAUUUCCAGCAUAUUUUGCGUUUGUUGAACACCAACGUUGAUGGGAAGCAGAAGAUCAUGUUUGCCAUGACUUCAAUCAAGGGUAUUGGUCGUCGUUACGCCAAUAUUUGCUGCAAGAAGGCCGACAUUGACAUGAACAAAAGGGCUGGUGAGCUCACAAAUGCAGAGCUAGAAACAUUGAUGACAGUUGUAGCAAACCCUAGGCAAUUCAAGGUCCCAGACUGGUUCCUUAACAGGCAGAAGGAUUACAAGGAUGGCAGAUACAGUCAGGUUGUUUCUAACCAGCUUGACAUGAAGCUCAGGGAUGAUCUUGAGCGUCUAAAGAAGAUCAGAAACCAUCGUGGUCUUCGACAUUACUGGGGUUUGAGAGUGCGUGGACAGCACACCAAGACUACUGGACGUAGGGGAAAGACUGUUGGUGUGUCGAAGAAGCGUUAAGGAUUUCGUUAUCACAAAUUAUGUCUGGUCUUUUCUUGGAUUAAAGCCUCCUAGUAUAAGAAUGAUACAAGUUCUAUGCUUUUUGGCCAAUUUCGGCAGUUUAUGUUAUUUUUGUAGAUCAUAGCUUCUGACUCUUGAUGCUUUAAUUUAGAGGAGGUAUGGUUUAAGACAUGCGGUUGUAGUGAGGAAAAUAUUUGAUGGUUUUAUGUUUUAAUGAUGAGAUCAGACUUGUUUAUUUA